GAGUUUGAAACUUACACUCAAGCGGAGUUGUAAAUAGUUGUUCGAGUUGUUGGCUCGUACUCAAACUGUAGAAAAAUGUAAAAAGUCGACUAAAACAUAUAUCUAUAUACACACAUAUAAAUAUUUGUUUGCCUGCAAAAUUAUUUUCAACUUUAAUUUCAACGAAACGAAAAUAGAAACAAACCUAUAAACGAAAUCGAAACAAACCGAGAAAACGUAUAAAAACCAAACGGGUUAAACGCUUGCAUGUAGACCUUAGAUCCACAUAGUCAAAAAUAAGGAAACUAUUAAAGAAACGAAUUAAACAAAAAUAAAUGAAAAUUUACUAAGAAACGGAAAGAAGUCGCAGCUAAUUUCUGGUUCGUAUAACUCCAUUAGAAGGCGAUUAGAGUAUUGCAGGAAGAAAGGCGCGGGAAAACCCGCUGCAGUGGCUGAAGUGCCAACGAUAAUUCAAUCAAGGGGUUGGAAAAGUUGACGGGAAAACUGCUUCUGCUUCUAAGAAAAAGAAAAGCAGAACAAAACAAAGAAAAGUUCAUCAAAACACUCGGAUAAAGUGGAAAACGUGUGUGCGUGUGCGCGUGUGAAAAACUUUCAGCAGCAGGCCGAGGGUUUUAAUUUUCGAUAGUUUACAAGUUCCGCCAGUCAGCUGGAAAUGUCCAUGGCCAUGGACCAUCAUCAUCAGCCACGUCAGCAUUGCCACCUCAGCAUGUGGCCAACAUUCGCCGUCUGUCUGCUCCUCCUGCAGGCAGCCACCCCAACAAUGGCUAUCGAUUUGAGCCGCCUGUACGGACACAUGGCCAAUCCCAUUGUGAAGCGGAAUGAAGCCUGCCAUCCAUACGAGCCCUUCAAGUGUCCCGGGGAUGGUAAUUGCAUUUCCAUCCAAUAUUUAUGCGACGGUGCACCCGAUUGCUCUGACGGAUAUGAUGAGGACAUGCGUCUGUGUACAGCGGCCAAACGGCCGCCGGUCGAGGAGACUGCAUCCUUCCUCCAGAGCCUGAUCGCCUCGCACGGACCCAAUUACUUGGAAAAACUUUUCGGCAGCAAGGCACGUGAUGCCCUUUCACCUCUGGGCGGUGUGGAUAAGGUCGCCAUCACUUUGAGCGAGUCGCAAACUAUUGAGGACUUUGGCGCUGCCCUUCAUCUAAUGAGAUCGGAUUUGGAACACUUGCGCUCGGUUUUCAUGGCCGUAGAGAACGGAGAUCUUGGCAUGUUAAAGUCGUUGGGCAUUAAGGACUCGGAGCUGGGCGAUGUGAAGUUCUUCUUGGAGAAGCUGGUAAACACCGGCUUCCUUGACUGAGUAGCGCCAGAUCCGGCUUCUGGAUUUUAUUACGCACACGCACAGCCCAUCAAUCCUAAUUUCUAUUCGUAUUUGGGCGCGCCCUAUGAUAAUUACAAUUAUUAAAUGCGAAUUACACACCGAUCUAUACACACACGUACCUACACUCAUCGUCCACCAACAUGACCCACCCUCCACUCCCAUUUCAGCCAAAAGAUAUUUUCUCAAACUCUGUUUUCGAGUAUGAUUUUGCUUUCCAAAAGGAACCUUCUUAAUCGGAUCUUCAGUUCAUUUAUUUUCAUUUUCCAAACACUUUUAUAGAAAAACAAAAAUCAAGCAAAUCAAAAACUAAAAAAAAUUGCAAAAGACCACGAAAAAAGCUACAAAAAAAUAAAAGGCGCGAAGAGAAAAAAUAUAUAUAAAGAAAUAUAUGCAAGUACAACCAAAAUUUCGAUCACAAAAUCGGCUGCUAACUACCGAGAAAAUCUCAAGAAAAUCUCAAGCUUUCUCCCAACUUUCUGCGCUCUUUCUUAGACUUUCUUUAUGCGUUGCGUUUCUAUCGCGCUCUAUAUUUAUUUUGAGAAAAUCUAUGCGCAAAUUUCAGAACAUUGCAGAAAAGUGAAAACUUCAUAAGUACUAGAAAAAUAAAAUGUGGAAGCAGGAUCGUUUGGCAAAAUCCAAAAAAAAAUAUAUAAAAGGAAAAAACAAAAAACUUAAAAAAAAGAAAAUAUAUCAAUGUUUAUAUAACGACCUUUUUUCUGAAACAUAUAUAUGUAUACAGAUAUAUUGAGAAUUUUUAUCGAUGUAUAUGUAAAGUGUUUCAAGGCUUCUUAGACCCGUCACUAAAGGUAUUCACACUAAAGUCCCUACAACAACCAAACAAAGUAUGCAAAACAGCAACCGAGGCUAUCAGUAAAGAACCUUCCAACCACUUUCUAACGUACUAACUUAGUACACUUAACUUCUUUCGAUAAACGUCUAUUAAAUUAUAUAAUUACUACCAAAGAAAAACUUAUAAAAUAUUCGUUUAGUUUGUAGUCAGUAAAUGUAGCGAAAGCCCUGCAGCUAUUGUUGUUUCCAGUAGAAGAAAACCACUUCAAUGUUUCAAAUAUGAAAUUAAUUAAUAACCUAAACACACGUUAUCAUAGUUACUAACUAUGUCGAGCUACUGUGCAGCAGUAAAUCACUUUGGUUUUGAGUUGCAUAAUUCACGGUGUGUGUCUAAAAGUGGUAGAAAUAUCAAUGAGAAAUCUCAAGUUAUAUAUUCAAAACAAGUAAUUAUAAAGCCUAACCUUAAUUUGGAAAAUAUAACACACAACUUUACUCAAUUCUCAACAUAUAUAUAAAUAUAUAUAUUUCUUAGAAGAACACAAAAAAAAACACACAAAAGCAAAUUGUAACCAAAAUGAGAUUCUCAGGUUUUGAGGGCCAGUUUCCCAUUGCCAAAGAACAAAAACUGACCCAAACAAUUUGGAAAAUUAUCUAAGCAAAGCUUGGAACUGGCUCUCAAAACACAAUACUACACUAUACUACAUAGAUUAAGGAUUCUCUAAUUCAAACAUUUUUCAAAACGGAGCACGGAAUUGUUGACCAGAUAGCGUGACAAGUAACUAAAAUGAAUAGAAAGAAAGCGGAGGAGGAAUUAUGAACCCAACGUUAAAGGAAAUUUCUUUAGAUUAAACCGAAAAAUUAAUGGAGUUAUAAGUACCUUGAAUUAGCUGAUAGAUCAUACAACAACUACAGCAAAACUAAACUAAAAUUAUUUAUUUAAACAAAAAAAAAGGAAAACACAAAAAAAAAGACAAAAUCAUUUUAACUAUAUAGUCGUCUAUUUAAAAUAUAUUUAUGAAUAAAUAUUUAAACAAGUCAAGAGUAAUAUUAAAAGAAUGAAAAUGAACAGAAACUGAUCCAUUGAACUAUAUAUAUAUAUACAUAUGUAUAUGAUAAAAAGAAGAAUGUGAGGAAAGCCCCUUGUAAAUAAAGGAUACAAACUACGAAUUCCAUAAUCGAUGCAAAUGAAAUGGAAAACCAAACAUGAAAAAUUAAAAAAAAACAACAAAGUGAUAAUUUGUUUUUUGGGUUCCAUCAACACAUAUUCGCCUGUAAAUUUUAAAUAAUUUAAAUAUCUAAAAAAAAACAUUGAAAAUCUACAAAAAAAAAACGUUUUUUCUCUGUGAAUAUUUUUCAAAAGUUUAAUAUAAAAAACAUAGACAUUUUUAACUAUAAGCCAGUGAACUUGUAUCGCAAACAUAUCAGCAGAUCUCUUGCUAAAGGAGAAACCAAACUGCAAAGGUUACAAACACACAAGAAUCUAUGAAACACAAAAUAUAUGCAACAUAUCAAUUAACAAACAAACAUAUCAAAUAUGAAGACAAGAAAGUUGAAAAUUACAUAACGUUAAGAGAAUUAUAUAUAAAUAUAUUUAUGGUUAAACACACCAAAGAGAGUUUUAUGAAGGAUACUGCAUUAUAUUUACAACCUAAGUUGCUUUUAGUUUUCUAAGUUCUUGUUGGAUUGUUUGAAAUUAAUAAAAAUUGUUACUUGUUUCAGGGUUUUAAUACCAAAACUGACCCAUUGAACUCUUAAAACGCUGAAACAAUUCCACAAUACGAACAACAAACUUUUAAUGAAAAACCAAACAUGCUUUAUCACGUAUAAUUUGAUGGUAAUUUGUUUUAUAAAUUGAUUUAAAAUUUUCGUUUAAUUUGCUAGACCAAUUACGAACUAACAAAACCACCAGAUACAAAAUACACAAGAAAUAGUUGAAAUAUAUUUAAACGAAACGAGUAAACGAAACAUAUCAGUUACCGAACUAAAAAUCGUAGCAAACAAAAUACUCCAGCAACAAGAGCCAAAUUGCUCUUCAAAAAUCAAACAAAAAAAAUGCUAUAUAAAACUAUAUGCAAUACCAAAACGAAAAAACAUUUCAAGUUUGAAUUAAAUACAGAUGACAAAUUCGAGUUUUAUGAUGAAAAAAAAACACUAAAACAAAAAAAUCGAGUCUAUGUGUAAAUGCAUUAUAAUUAGAAUUGCAGAAAAAAACAUACAGAAAAUGGCGAGAAGAAAUUUAAAUAAAAUUUUUAACAUUCCAAUGAUGCUAUUUCUUUGGUGUGCUGUUUUAAAAACAAAA